UCAGGAAGAAGAUAAACAAAACAAACCAAGAGACAGACGCGUGGACUCCAUUGAGAUGGCUUUCUUGUUACCGAGAUAGAAGCACAUACACGAGUCAAACACGAUUUCAUACUUUUCCAUAGGGAUUUCAAUGAGACCCCGGAAAUGAACAGAAACCCAAGCCAGGCCUGAACACCAGACCCUGGCUGCCAGACCUAAGCGAGACCCUAGUUUAGACCCAGAACCGGAUUCCUUCAAGGCCAUAAGAGGCCACACCCAGGACCGGACAAAAUUCAAGAGAGGUCUAGACACAAACCAGACCCGGGCAACUUCAGACACCUGUAUCCAUCCUCUGAGCUCAGUUGUCCUCUGAGUUGUCCUCUGGUGGUCCACGUUCAACACACGGCUGGACUCUAGAGGUAGCUGAGAGGUUCCAACACAGGAACACAGAGUGCUGCUCUGCAAUGCCUCAGCCCAGCAUCAUUGGGAUGGAGCCACCCUUUGGGGACGCGUUUCAGAACUACACGUUUGCUGACCAGGUGCUGACCAGCACUGAGCUGCUGGCCAACAGCUCCGAUCCAGAUUUCAUGUAUGAACUGGACAAAGACUUGCCUGCAUGCCAGAGCCCCAGGGAAGAGGCCUUCUCUAUGGGGGAGGGUAAGGAGGUGGAGGUAGGGGGUCUGACUGACCUGGGGGAGGCAGAGCCUGCCUACAGCGCCACCUUCGAACAGUGGGACACUUACUGGGAGGACCUUACAAGGUACACCCGACUCACCAGCUGUGAUAUCUGGGGCACCAAGGAGGUGGACUUCCUCGGCCUGGACGACUUCUCCAGCCCCUACCAGGAUGAGGAGGUGAUCGGGCGCACCCCCACCUUGGCCCAGCUCAACGGAGAGGACUCACAGCCCGUGUGCGACACCCUUUACCACCCUGAGCUGCCCCUGCCCCCCUCCCUUAGCAAGAAGACCCCUGGCCCCACACGCCAUGCCCCCACCCCUGGCCCUACUCUGGCCCCCUCCUCUGCCCCCCCUGCCCGGAGCCCACUCCCAGACUUCCCUGACGGCUUCCAGAAGGCCACCUGUCCAGUUCCUUCCAACACGGAGACCCGCUCCAAGGCCCAGGUCCAGGGCUCCAGCACAAAGAUGUUCCCCCUGGCCCUGAACAGCUCUGACUUCGUCCGCAAGGCCAAGGUGCGCAUCAGCACGCUCCGUGGUCCCCAUGCUGAGGCACCCCCCAUGAAGACAGAGGCUGACGAGGACCCUCCCUUGGGCCCCCCUCCGAUCCCCCAAGACCAGGCCUCCACCUCGGGCAGCCCCGGCCUGGUAGCCGCACCCGGGACUGUGGCCUCCGGCCCAUCUAGCCUGCUGGCUCCGCGAAGGGAGAUGCCUGCUGCCUCCCUGGGCAGGUCUGGGGCCGUGCCCCCCCAGCUCAGCUACCCCGGGGCUGGGGGAAGCCAGAGCCUGCAGGGGGGGCAGGAGAGUCUGGAGGGAGAGGCAGCACUGGAGAAGACCAAGGAGGAGGAGCACAACUAUUCUGUCUUCCUCACACGUGCCAGACUGGCUGGCAAGGCCCUGUCUGAGCUGGAGGAGGAGGAGGAGGAGGAGGGGGAAGAAGAAGAAGAGGAGGAGGAGGAGGAAGAGGAGGAGGGAGAGGAAGAGGAGGCUGAGGCAGAGGAGAUGGAGAUGGAAGAUGAGGACCACGAUGAAGGCUUCGGCAGUGAGCAUGAGCUGUCGGAGAAUGACGAGGAAGAGGAGGAGGAAGAGGACGAAGACUAUGAGGCUGAUAAAGAUGACGAUAUGAGCGAUGCCUUCUCUGAACCAGGCUGUGACACAGACAUCGUGGAGGACGUGAAGGGACUGACGGCGGGCGUGUCCAGGAAGCGGGGGAAGCGUCGCUACUUCUGGGAGUACAGCGAGCAGCUGACACCCUGCAAGCAGGAGCGGCUGCUCAAGCCCUCCGAGUGGGACAGAGACACCCUGCCCAGCAACAUGUACCAGAGGAACGGUCCUCACCACGGGAAGUACACUCUGAAGAAGUCUCGUCGUACAGACGUGGAGGACCUGACGCCCAACCCCAGGAAGCUGCUGCAGAUCGGCACGGAGCUCAGGAAGCUCAACAAGGUGAUCAGCGACCUGACGCCCGUCAGCGAGCUGCCCCUCACCGCCCGGCCGCGCUCCCGCAAAGAGAAGAACAAGCUGGCGUCCAGGGCGUGCCGUCUGAAGAAGAAGGCCCAGUACGAGGCCAACAAGGUCAAGCUGUGGGGUCUCAGCACCGAGUAUGAUCGCCUGCUGUUCGUUAUCAAUGCCAUAAAGGAAGAGAUUGUGACACGGGUCCAUGAAUCAUCUCAUCACAGCUUCAACAUGGCCGACACCCUGGACAGACUGAUCAAAGAAACUCUAGUGUCAGCACCAGUUGCUGGGCAGACUUCAGAUUUUGUCAACCAGAUCCUGGAGAAUACGGGGAAGGGCGAUCCCACCGGCGGAUUGGUCGGCCUGCGAGUCCCCACCUCCAAGGUUUAGAAGCCCCGCCCACCGAGGGGAGAGGCCUCAGUCACUCAACGCACUGUCCCACACUGUAACAACGACCCCUCUGCAUGCCCCCCCAACCCCCCUCUCAGACCCCCCCCCCCCCCACCUCCUGCCGAGCGUGGGACACAUGCCGAGGCCCUGUGUGUGCGUGUGUGUGUGUGCUCACACUACCCACUUGUAGAGGAAACCCCGGAGCUCUCUCUUAGUAGUGUGUGAGUCAGUCGCCAUGUUGUGCAUGUGGUAAGACGUUCCAAUAGCAACCACAGAUUUUCUCAAAGCUCCUCAUAUCACCAUGAUGUAACACCUUUCUGCAACCAAUCACAAGUGGCGGAGGGGGAAUACUUCCUGGUUUUGCCUUCUCCUUUAGCGGUCCACGCGUCCAGCUGGAAGGCAUGGCAAGUAGGAGGGCGCAGUCAUGAGUCACGAGUGGAAGAAAUC